AUGCAAACAGGUUGCGCACCACUUGAGGGGUCGUCAGUGUUGCUUCUAAGUGGUGGUGUGGAGAGCGCCACUCUCCUCUAUCUCUGGAAAGACAAGUCCAUCUGGCCUCUACUAUGGCCAGAAGGGGGCAGAUGCGGAACGGAAAGCCUGUCAGCAGCUUUAGGAAUCAGUGGGGAAGUCACUGGCAGAGUAGGGGAGGCCUUCAGAGCACUCCAGGCUCCGGCCAGGCUGCACGUGCCUCUCCCUCACCGGAACUUGGCCCUGCUCUCCCUUGCAGCUAGCUAUGCUACCCAGGUUGGGUGUCCCACUCUGGCGCUGGCCUUGAACAAGGAGGACCUCGGGUCUUAUUCGAGCUCGUCCGAGGACUUUCUGACCAACUUCCGGCGGCUCACCACAUCUCUGACUCCCCCUCUAUCCGUUGAGACGCCCUUGGAUCAUCUGAGCAAAGCUGACGUCAUCCGGUCGGGCGCCUCGUCGGGCGUCCCGUACCGCCUCUCCUACAGCUGCAUGGUCGGACGGCCGCUGCAUUGCGGACGGUGCUCUCAGUGCAAGCAGCGGCGACGAGCAUUCGAAGAUGCGGGACUCUCUGAUUUAGAUGCUCCAUAUGAAGGCGGAUAGACGAUAAAGUGAUUCCAGAUCCUCUGUUGGAUCACAGAAGUCAACCUUCC